AUGAAUGGAGAGAUCAAACGGAUGUCGUUUGACUUUCGCAUUGGCGUUUACACGUACAUAGACUGGUUAAAUAUCGCUGUUGAAACAGAUCCGCACGACUUUGACGAGGAGCCGAUUUCAUUGUUGACACUUCACACCAAACGCGGAGGAAACCUUGUUGGCCUUGAACCAGAGUCUUCUGAAGCAAAUGCCUUUAGUCGACUAGACACGUUUCAAACUAGCGCACUGGAGCAGGUGAUUGGACCAGUUGCAAACUUUGGUAUGUCAAAAAUGAAUCCUGUUACUUCAAUCAACACCCAUUAA